ACAUUUUUAUUUGAAUCACUUCAAUCGCAUGGUUUCUAGACUACAAGAUCCACUGGGAUGUGAUUAGACAAGUGCAAAAAAAUAUAUGUCAUUGUCAAAUGAGAAGAUCAAAGAAGGCCUCUAUCGAAGGGCGGGGCACUGCGCAUGCGCGGUUCGCCUUCGUAGCUCUCGCUAUCUGCUGCCUGCACAGUCUUCUGGGACCCGUCCCCAUAAAUCCCCCGAAAUAGCGUUUUCUAAAGCUUUAGACCAGCUCACGUUGGCGUCGCAUUCGACCAAUAGCAUCUCCACGUCUGAAAGCAACCGUAACCAGAAGUAUUCCCCCGGGGCGUCGUCUGGUGAGCACCCAGAGCAUCCACUCCUUCCAUCGGUAGCUAACGCCUCCCGGACGCGCUAGUCCGUGUUACCAAGUGUGGGGAAAAUACAGCCGCAUCCGAGGGGUCGUCAAGAUGUCGGGGUACCAGGGCAAGAAAAACAUCCCGAGAAUCACGAGCGAUCGUCUUCUCGUGAAAGGAGCCAAGAUUGUCAACGAUGACCAGUCUUUCAUGGCAGACAUUUAUAUGGAGGAUGGAGUCAUCAAGCAGCUCGGAGAAAACCUGAUUGUUCCCGGGGGGGUGAAGAUCAUCGAGGCCCACGGGAAGAUGGUCAUGCCUGGGGGCAUCGAUGUGCACACGCGCUUCCAGAUGCCGGACCGAGGCAUGGUCUCCGCGGACGACUUCUACCAGGGCACCCGCGCUGCCCUGGCUGGGGGAACCACCAUGAUCGUUGACCACGUGGUGCCGGAGCGAGGUGUGGGCCUCAUGGCCGCCUUCAACCAGUGGAGGGAAUGGGCCGACAGCAAGUCCUGCUGCGACUACUCGCUGCACGUCGACAUCACCGAGUGGCACAAGGGCAUCCAGGAGGAGAUGGAGAGCCUGGUGAAGGACCACGGUGUCAACUCUUUCCUGGUCUAUUUGGCCUAUAAGGAUGUUUUCCAACUUUCUGACUCUGAGAUGUAUGAGGUGUUCAGUGUGAUCAGAGACCUGGGGGCCAUCGCCCAGGUGCACGCGGAGAACGGCGACAUUAUUGCUGAGGAGCAGCGUCGCAUCCUGGAUCUGGGCAUCACUGGGCCGGAGGGCCACGCGCUGAGCCGCCCAGAAGAGGUGGAGGCGGAGGCAGUGAAUCGUGCGGUCACGGUGGCCAAUCAGACCAACUGCCCCCUCUACAUCACCAAGGUCAUGAGCAAGAGCUCCGCUGAUGUCAUCGCCAGCGCCCGGAAAAAAGGCGCCGUGGUGUACGGGGAGCCCAUCUCGGCCAGCCUGGGCACGGACGGCACCCACUACUGGAGCAAGAACUGGGCCACGGCAGCGGCCUACAUCACCUCCCCUCCGCUCAGCACCGACCCCACCACCCCCGACUAUCUCAACUCUCUGCUCGCCUGCGGGGACCUGCAGGUGACGGGCAGCGCCCACUGCACCUUCUCCACCUCCCAGCGCGCCGUGGGCAAGGACGACUUCACCCUGAUCCCGGAGGGCACCAACGGCACGGAGGAGAGGCUGUCCCUCAUCUGGGACAAGUGUGUGGUGUCCGGGAAGAUGGACGAGAACCAGUUUGUGUCGGUGACCAGCACCAACGCGGCCAAGAUCUUCAACAUGUACCCCCGCAAGGGGCGCAUCGCCGUGGGCUCGGACGCCGACCUGGUGCUCUGGGACCCCGACGUCUCCAAGAUCAUCUCGGCCAAGACCCACAACCUGUCCGUGGAGCACAACAUCUUCGAGGGCAUGGAGGUGCGCGGCGGCCCCCUGGUGGUGAUCAGCCAGGGCAAGGUGGUGCUGGAGGAGGGCGUCCUGCACACCACCGAGGGCUGCGGACGCUACGUCACCCGCAAGGCCUUCCCCGACCACGUGUACAAGAGGAUCAAGGCCCGCAGCAGGCUGACGGAGCUCCGCGGCGUCCCCCGGGGCCAGUACGAUGGGCCGGUGUGUGACGUGGCCCCCUCCCCCAAGGUGAUGUCGGCCACGUCCACGGCCAAGACCUCGCCCACCAGGCAGCAGAAGCAGCAGCAGCAGCAGCAGCAGCAGCAGCAGCAGCAGCAGCACCACCAGCACAGCGCUGCUCAGCCCAUGAGGAACCUGCACCAGUCCGGCUUCAGCCUGUCUGGAGCCCAGGUGGACGACAACAUCCCCCGCCGCAGCACCCAGCGCAUCGUGGCGCCCCCCGGUGGCCGGGCCAACAUCACCAGCCUGGGCUAGGCCCCCG